AUGAGCGACCAGGCUAAUACUAAUGGGGAUACUAUUGAUGAAGAGUUUAAUGACAUUGACGAUAAUAUAAUUCUUGACUCUGUUGUCAAGGAAAGUGACAAUUUGGAGCCAAUGAGUUCUAACGAAAACCAAGUACGACAAUCAAAGAGUGAAAAAUUGAAACAAAAACAACAGAGUUUAUCUGCUGCUGCCGCUGCUAGUGCCGCUGCUGCGCCAUCUUUGAUUCCAGACUUACCGGAACUUACCAGGAAGGACAAGACGCUAAAGGAAGUUUUGGACAUGAUGGAUGACGAGUUUGCUCCUAUAAUACCCGAUGCUGUAACCGAUUACUACCUUGCAAAGAAUGGAUUUGAGUCAUCUGACGUUAAGAUCAAGAGACUUAUUGCGUUGGCUACCCAGAAGUUCAUUAGCGAUAUUGCUCAAGAUGCUUAUGAAUACAGUAGAAUCCGAAAUUCGAGUUCCGUGUAUAAUUCUGCAAACCCGCAGGUUAGGGCUAAACAGUUAUUACAAGGACAACAGUAUGCAAAUCAACAAACACUAGCUGGAAAUAGUAAUAACAAUGCUGAAAACUCGGGAGAUCAACAAAUGUCGCAACAAUCGCACUCCACUGCGGGAAACCAACAAGGUAAAGUUGUCCUUACAAUGGAAGAUCUCAGUAAUGCUCUAAGCGAGUAUGGAAUGAACACUUCCAGGCCAGACUUUUAUAGGUAG